AUGAAGCUCAUUGACGAAAACCACAAGAACCAGCACUGGCAGCACACUUUGGCACAGGGAGCCAAGGGUCUUGUCUUAGGCUUGGGUGUUUCUGCUGUUUUUGUUUCAGCUUUCAAGAGAAGAUACCCAGUCCAGUACGGUCUGUACACCCAAACCAUCAAAGCAUGUAUGUGGACCUUGCCCACGCUUGGCCUUGGAGCUUUCUGGGCCGACGAAGGGUCCGUCAAGUUCAGCGAGAUGAUGCACCGGUCGGACUACUUGACUCAGACCAAACGUGAGGAAAGAGAGCGUCUUGCACAGCUUUCUGUGGGCGACCGCCUCUUCCUCAAGGCGUCUGAAAACAGAUACAAGUUGAUUGUGGGCGCCUGGGCCGCGUCUCUUGCUGGUGCAUGGAGCAUGGUCAGCAGAGACCGGGUGAUGACCACAGCACAGAAGGCCGUGCAAGCGAGAAUGUACGCACAAGCAUUUACUGUCUUAUUGUUGUUGAGCACCAUAGCCAUGAGCGUCCGGGAAAGAGACUUGGCGCUUCCUGCUCCCAAGCCGGACUGGAAGCGGAUCAUCGAGGACAGAGAGGGCCAGCGUAUGUAG